UGUCUUCAGUUGGUCUUCACCUGCAACGGUUGUUCGCAGUUCUGGCAGUCGGUCCGCGUUUAUUUCGCCCGCACAUUUGCAGUUCCGUUACGUGAGUGCAGUUAGUUGUGAGCCGCCGCGGCAGUCGUCGUCUGCAUUGCACAAAAUAAAGAUAAAACUACAGAAACCACAAACAAUAUAUUAAUAUUAAAACAUACAAAUACGCGGCAGCAACAUUUCUCGGUCCGCAUUGCUUUGCGCAACAGUUUUAUUUGUAUUUUUGUUUUGACGACUGAUCGCCAAGCCAUCAAUCAGGCCAUCAAUCAGUCAGUGCCGCUUGUCGCAAAAUUGGAGCUGGAGACGGAGCCGCAGAGCUCUCUCCCUUCUCGGAGAAAGCCGAGACACUUGAGGCCAAGAUCCGAGAGACCCGAAGAUCGGAUCGGAGAUUCCAGAGUGAGGAUUUGCAAAGAUUGCAGGGAGAUUCCAGAUCCGGAGACUCGAGCAGUGUCGCCAGUUCGUAAUUGGUUGUCCGUCGUCUGCCUUUUUGGCUAAACUCAGUCACGAAAGAGACGCAUAACACAUCUGCAACGAGCAAUGUCCACAGACAGCGAGUGAAAUACACCAACAGAGUGUGUAUCAAAGAGAUAUAGAGUGUAUAUAUCUGACAUAGAACAACUUAAGUACUAUAUAUAGCAAUAUAUAGCAACAAUGCUAAUUGCCUGCUGCCUCCUCUUCGUGCUGCUCAAGUGCCACACCGCUCAUGCCCUCGCCCAGGAGGAAGUGACCUCAGUGCCGCAAUAUGUGAACUUCACGGAACUAUCGCUGGCGGUGCAGGAAUCUCUGGUGGCCCACGAGGAGCGUCAGCAGGAGCGGGCACGGCAUCAGGGACAUCGCUCGAGGAGGGCCGUCAAGAGGGUUUGCUAUGGUGAACUGGGCUGCUUCGAGGACUCGGGUCCGUUUGCCUAUCUGGAGAUGCUGCCCUCGCCGCCGGAGGAGAUCAAUACCAAGUUCUAUUUCUACUCCACACGCCAGCGAUCCGAUCGGCCGCUGAUGGAGCUCUCCUUUCUGAACAUGACCAAUGCCUUUCGCGGCAAGCGGGAAACGGAGCCCAGCACAAGUGCACCGACCGAUGGCAAUGCCGGAUCAUCAUCAUCAUCAUCGUCUGGUUCUGGUGCCACAUCAUCAUCCAACAGUAGUCAGACCUUUAGCACAGAGCGUCCCAGUGGCCAGAAGAAGGCCACUCCUUCCAUUGAUGACCUCGAGGGCUUCGAUGAACUCUCCGUCCGGGUCAUAGUCCAUGGCUUUGGCUCCGCCUGUCCACAUGUCUGGAUCUAUGAGAUGAAAACGGCCCUCAUGGCGGUGGUAAGAUGCAUUGUGAUCUGCGUGGACUGGGAGAAUGGAGCCACCUUCCCGAACUACGUCCGGGCGGCGGCCAAUACCCGUUUGGUGGGCAAGCAGCUGGCCAUGCUUCUGCGCAACCUACAGCAGCACAAGGGUCUGGAUCUGAUGCGUACCCAUGUCAUUGGGUUUAGCCUGGGAGCCCAUGUCUCUGGGUUUGCGGGUGCCGAGCUGCCGGGAUUGUCAAGGAUCACAGGCCUAGAUCCGGCUGGACCGCUCUUCGAGGCCCAGCAUCCGAAGGUGCGGUUGGAUAGCAGCGAUGCUGAGUUUGUGGACGUCAUCCAUUCGAAUGGAGAGAACCUGAUCCUGGGUGGUUUGGGUUCCUGGCAGCCCAUGGGGCAUGUGGAUUAUUAUCCCAACGGUGGACGCGUCCAGACGGGUUGUUCCAAUCUCUUUGUGGGCGCUGUAACUGAUUUUAUAUGGUCUGCCCAGGCCGCCGAGGAUGAGGAGGGACGAUCCUUGUGCAACCAUCGGCGUGCCUACAAAUUCUUCAUUGAUUCGGUGGCACCGCGCUGCCUGUUUCCCGCCUUUCCGUGUGCCAGCUACGAUGACUUCCUCAAGGGACGCUGCUUCCCCUGCGCCCAGGACGAUGAGGAUCUGGCCGAGGGUGUGCCAAGGUGCGGCAAUAUGGGCUACUAUGCCGACCGUUCCACGGGACGCGGCCAGCUGUAUCUACUCACCCGCGAGGAGGAGCCCUUCUGUGCCCAUCAGUUCCAGCUGCAGAUCUUCAACUCGUUCAACGAUCUGCCCCUGCGCACCAUUGGGCGCCUGGAGGCCAUACUCGAGGGCGAUGGCGGCCUCAACGAGACCUUUGAGAUAUCCGAGAAAGACGACGCAGAGUUCUUUGCCGGCGACAUUGUGUCCAAGAUUAUUGUUCCACAUCCGGCACUGGGUUUCCCCACAACGCUGAGCCUCCACUACAAAUCCUACAGCGGCUGGCUGAGCAAGGGCCUGCCCCACUGGGACAUCGACAAGGUGGUGCUCACGGAUAGCUUCGGACGGAGCCACUCACUGUGCCGGCCAAGCACCAAGCUAAGCAGCGGCAGCCCAGUCCGCAUGCGUCUCCAUUCCGGCAAUUGUGAGCUGGAUAACCAGGAGGAUUAUGGUGCCUACACCACCCACCCGCCAGGAUCUGGAUCUGGCUCCGGAACGGGUGGAGCUAAUCCCACGCUCACGCCCACCGAUGUGCCCGACUCCAGUGUCCAGGAAUCGGCUGUGGAUGGCGUGGAGAGUGCCAAGCAACGCAAGGAUAUCUUCAAUCUGGGCACCAGCUUCAAAUUGGCCAGUAAUCAGACCUAUCCUCGGCCAGGGGAUGAGCUGCCCUGGCAACCCAUCUUGGUGGGCAACUCCCUGGACAAUGAGACGGCAGCGGCAGCUGCAGAAUCGAGUCGGAGCCUGUCAUCGGAUCCUGCUGGUGAAAUCUUCGAGCCGGUGCUCAAGGAUCGACGUCUGGCCGUGAACCGAGGACGAAAUCUGCAGGAUUACGGCACGACCAAUAGUCCCGAGAUCGUGGAGCCCGUGCUGAAGGCCACCACGCCGCGUGUGAAGCAGGGCAAGGAUCUGGAUCUAUUCGGCGACAUUGAACAGGCUCAGCCACCGCCGCCAGUGGCCAGCUCCAGUUCGGCUCCUGCGUCCGCUUCAGCUGCAGCUACGCCACCCAAAAUGAUGGCGCAAAUGGGCACCGGCCGAUCCCCAGAUCCGGAUGAACCGCAAACCGUCCAGCUGCUACCUUUCCGGCUUGGUGAACUGCUGCAGCGGGCGGAACGCUACGCCCGGGAGACGCUUCUGCCCCUGAUCUCGGUGCAGGCGCCGCGUUUCUUUGGCUUCAAUGUGACACCCCACGAUCGUGAUGCUGUGCGUCCGUCGGAGUCACGCAAGCCCCGCUAUAUACCACGCUACGAGGAGUCUGCGUUCCUGAAUACCACGACAACCCUAAGGCGGCGCUCACAGAAGGCAUCGCGUCGCUCCUCGUCCCUCGUGCAGCAAAGGAAUCUAUUCCGGCUGAUGCGAGCCCGUUCCCGAGAGCAGAAUGGCAACGGCGGAGAGUGGCAGGACCAGGUGGAGCACCAGGAACAGCAGCAGCAGCAGCAGCAGCAGCAGGACAAGGGCCACGCGGUUGAGCCGGGAAACGAGGUCAACUACUACACGAAUAUGCUGCAGUCGGAAUCGCGUUCCAUGCGGCCAGAGGUGCCGGAAUAUAGAGCCGUAUUCAUAGAUCUGCCCACUUAUAGGCCUCCGGUAAGCCAGGCCGGAUCCGUUGCAGCCUCUACUCCACUGGCAUCCGCAUCCGCUUCCGUUUCCAGGGGUCGAAGACGCGGCAGAUCCUCCUCAGCGCUUCCCUGAUAUCCGAUCCGCAACAUCUCAGCUGUCCCGCCAAUUGGAGGGAUGAACACUUUGUGAUAUGCACACCAGAUCGUGGCUCCACCCACUCCCCCCAUCACCGUCAUCAUCAUUAUCCCCGCUCGCUACUCAACACACUGUAAAUAUAUAUCAACAAUAUAAAAAACAAGGAAACGCAACAAAAGCUAAAUGGAAAUUGAAAUGGAAUUUCAAGCCGUGGACAUUUGCUUAGGUUAGGCUUCGAAAAUAAGAUUUUUAAUGUGUGAAUUUAAGUAAUUACUUUUAAGAUAAACGCUAUAGUCGAGGCUGUCGACUUUAAGAUACCAAUAA